UACCUAUUCCUCACUCUCUAAACUAAAACCAAAAGCUAAAACAGAGAGCUUCAAGAACAAUAACAAUGGAGUUUGACCUUGAAAAUCCAUUGCCACUUAGCCAUGACUCUAAUGCAGACAUCAUUUCUCCUCUUUUCAACAUAGAAAGUGAUCAUAUGCCUUCUAAAACUUACCGUCAAAAUCUUGAGAACUCAGAUUUUCUUAUCUCCAUUCGUCAAGCAACCAUUUCUAUAAUCUUUCAAAUUUCUCACCCCUUUGAUCCCUUUCUCUCAUAUCUUGCCAUUAAUUAUCUUGACCGCUUCCUCUCCUUCCAUUCACUAUCGGAAGGGAAGCCAUGGAUGUUGAGGCUGAUUGCUGUUUCUUGUGUUUCUUUAGCGUUGAAAAUGAAGGAAACAGAGUACUCUGCAACUGAUAUUGAGCAAGUUGGUGGUAUUAUAUUUGAUUCAAAGACAAUAAAGAGAAUGGAGUUUUUGAUACUUAGCGGACUUAAAUGGAGAAUGCGCUCAAUUACUGCCUUCUCUUUCAUUAAUUUCUUCAUCUCUUUUUUCAAAUUCAAAGAUUUACCAUUACAGCAAGCUCUAAAAGCCAGAGCCAUUGAAAUUAUAUUCAGAGCUCAAAAUGAUAUCAAGAUUUUGCAGUUCAAGCCAUCUUUAAUCUCGGCUUCAGCACUUCUCUCUGCUUCUCACGAGCUUUUCCCUUUGCAAUUCCCUUGCUAUAAAACUGCAAUCCUAAACUGUUCACAUGUACAUAAGGAUGAUUUAUUAAGUUGCUAUAAUGUGAUGCAAGAGAUAGCAAAGGAAGGAUACGAAUCAGUUCUUGACAUAUUGUCAAGCACAAGCACGCCAGUCAACGUACUUGACCUACAGUUCUCGAGCAGUUGGAGUUCAGAUAACGAGCCAAUUACAAAAUCAGAAGAUAGCUGUGGCGGUGUACUUAAUGCAAUGGCCACUAGCAGCAACAGGCAAGAGAACUUGAAACGUCGAAAGAUUAUUGACAGCAGUUCAGCUUUCUCAGAUGCUCACAAUAACGUUGAUAUUGAUGUUUGAUAGAUAUUAAGCUAUCAAUCUGCAGAGUUUUUGAUGAAAACGAAGCAGUAGUGUGCCCACUACAAGAG